AUAGAAGUCGUCGUAGGGACGACUUUUGUGAGAGCUCUGUGUUCUUCUGAGGCAAUAAAGAAGUAUUAUUUGGGGAUGAAUCGUGGAGAUGUCUGUUCAAAUCAACCGUUGAUUUUGGACGCAUUGUUGAACAUCGUUCGAUCUCUCUCUCAUGGAGGAAAUAUUCAAUCUUGAAUGUUGAAUGGUUUUUUCUUCCCCAGCAUGUUUGACUUGGGCAUUAUUUAUUUUUUGAUUUUUUGGGGAUUGAUAAAAGGGCAAAUUUGUUCCCCUUUAUAUAAACUCCAAUUCUACACAGAAUCACUUCAUCGUUCGCUUGUUCGUUCAGCUUUUUGUUUUACUCUCCUCUUUCAAUUUCGAUUCUGUGUUUGCGUUUUUGUUUGGAAAUGGCGGAUUCAUUGACGGAGGAUCAGAUUGCUCAGUUCCGGGAAGCAUUUUGCCUGAUCGACAAGGAUUCCGAUGGUGUGAUUACUGUGGACGAAUUGGCGUCGGUGAUUCAUUCUCUGAACGAACAUCCAACGAAGGAGGAGAUUCAGGAAAUGAUGAAUGAGGUAGAUGCUGAUGGCGAUGGCACUGUCGAUUUUGAGGAGUUUCUCACCAUAAUGGCCAGGAAGAUGAAGGAGAAUCUUGCAGAAGAGCUUAAAGAGGCCUUCAAGGUUUUCGAUAGAGAUCAAGACGGAUUCAUAUCUGCCUUUGAGCUGAGGAAUGUGAUGAUCAAUUUGGGGGAAAGACUGAGCGACGAAGAAGCUGAGCAGAUGAUCAGAGAAGCGGACAUGGAUGGCGAUGGACUUGUUAGCUACGAAGAAUUUGUGAGGAUGAUGAUGACUAUGUCUUCUUCAACUUCAUCUUCCCAUUAAUAAAUAAAUAAAUAUACAAAAACAUCAAGAUUGAGGUUUUUAAAAUUAAUUAAUUAAUUGUGUAAAACUGAUGAAAGCCCUGUAAUGUCAUGUUAUGUAUUAUUGGAUCUUUUAACCAUUUUUGAAUUAUUAAUGUUAUUGAA